AUGCAACGGGCAGUUACUCUUGCUCCAGAUGCACUCGAUGGUCAGGUUGUAUCUGAGCAUAUAGAGGGACGAUGGUAUCAUGACCUCGAUAAUGUGGCAACGUACAUUGGUGAAGACUCCGGGGGUCGCGGUCGUGAAUCACCUACUCCUGGACAUGUUCACGAUAUCGUUCUUUCUCAACCCCUCUAUGAGAGGGAACUAUCCCCUUUGUCUCUCAUGGAUUGCGAUACUGCUCCUCUCGGCAACGAUGAUCACGUACCUUUUGAGACAACCGGAAUUCAUGAUAUCGUAGCGAGGAACCCCAUCUACUCACCACGCGAGUCUCAGCCUAGUACUCCUCGUCCACCCCCCCUACCCGAAGGGCUCAGUCCAUUGCAAUGGUAUCUUCCGAACGACCCACUUUAUCGGGAGGCACCCCCUCGAAAUGAAAAUCACCAAGUGCUACGCAUGGACCCAAUAGGUCGUCUGUGCGAUCAGGUCUCAGGAUUAGCGCAAGUGAUACAAACGGAUCGUCAGCAGCUUGGGGAUCAGAUCCAAGGCUUGGUGGACGCUGUGCAGUCAGACCGUCGACGGUUUCAAGACCAGAUCGAAGCACUUGAACAAAGCCCUCUUCGAGGUGAUGGUUCGCGGCGCAAAGGUAAACCCAAGAGAACCAGCAACCCGAAGCGGAGGCCAGGGGACGGGGUCCUUCUAGCAGCCCAGGUUCGGUCUUACUUCACUUAUCUCGUUGGUGGAUCACAUCGUUUGCUGGAGGUCUCUGUCAGCAUAGAAGAAGCCGACAACUACGUGAUUCUGUGGAACACAGAUAACGGCUUGUCUGCGCUGGACUGUUGCGAUAAAGAUAAUUUUAGGUAUGAUGUUCUAGGUUCUCCCAAGUCUCCGUGGAAUAUGUCCGCAGCGCGAGUGUUUGUCAAAGCCUUUGAAGAAUGGGCAGGGGUGGAGCUUGACCAAGAAACCACGAUGGAAGCCGUUGCCACUUGGAUCAAGUCUUUGCGACAGGCACGCCGCCAGUCACUUCUAUCCCGUACCCAACAGGAGAAAGAAAAAGGCAGGGCAAGGCGCCAAGGAAGGAAGCGUUCGGUUGAGUGUUUCUUUGACCUCCACCGCGUCUUUGAUGCUGCUCAGCAACACCCCCUACUUCGCCAACACGUACCUUUACUUGAACGAUUGGGGGUGGACGGCAUGUCUAGUGAUGAAUCAGAUGUCGAUGAACCCGGUGAUGGCGGAUCGCGGGCUAAGCGUCCUAUAUACCAGGUUAUCACCCCUGCGUGGAGAGCGACAGAGGUCGGAGAUUGGCUGGAAGGGUUUGACAGUGUUUAUUCCCUCUUACGUCACUCGAAGCAGGACCUACGAGGACAGUAUCCGCGACUGCAAGGCAGGAUCCCAGUGGUAGUGGAUGACAAGGCCAAGCCGGUCCCAUCGCUACCCAGGAAUGCCUACCAUAGCUCCUGGAUCAGUCUACAGAGACAACCUGAAUUUUGCCUCAAGCCAGUCGAUCAAGAUUAUCCAUUCUGGCAUGAAAAUGGUUUGAUUAGGUAUGUCUGGUGUUUUUCCACCGAAAUCUCAACUGAUAAUUGA